AUGUCGCACCACCCGCCGUUCAAGCAGGUCGAGGGCAGUCGCCCCGAAUUUGACACCAACCAGCAGUGGACCACGACCAAGACGCCCGCCCCCGAGUGGCAGGUCGGAUCGGGCUCGAACGGGCUCGAGAGCCUCGCUGGCGUCAAGGAGGGCCUGUGGGACGGCAAACAGCCCGAGGGCCGCUUCACCGAGGUCGACCCGGCAAACGAGGCGGCGCCAAAGCUCUACAAGAUGCUCAUCUCGGCCAUCACCCCUCGCCCGAUCGGCUUCAUCUCGACCGUCAACGCCAAGGGCGAGACCAACCUCGCGCCGUUCAGCUACUUUGCCGCCGUCGGGCACGACCCGCUCGUCGUCAUGGUCAGCUUUACGCACCCGAACGGCGACGACAUGAAGGGCACCUGUGAGAACAUCCUCACGACCAAGGAGUUCUCGGCCAACAUCAUCUCGGAGCCGUUCGUCGAGGCGGCCAACUACACGUCGAUCGACGCGCCCAAGGGCACGAGCGAGUGGCCCUUGAGCGGCCUCACGCCCGUCCCGAGCAAGACGAUCAAGCCGGCGCGCGUUGGCGAGAGCGGCUUCUCGAUGGAAUGCGUGCUCGAGCACUCGUACGACCUCAAGAACGACAAGGGCGUGCGCACGGGCACGAUGGUGCUCGGCCGCGUCCAGCUCGUUCACGCGCGCAGCGACCUCAUCGACCGCGAGACGCUCCUGGUCGACACGGCCAAGCUCAUGCCCGUCUCGAGGCUCGGCGGCAUCACGUACGCGCGCACGACGCAGAUGUACGAGCUCCCUCGCCCCGUGUUCGACAAGGAGAAGGAGCGCGACGAGGUCAAGGCGCUCCUCGCCAAGGCGUAGACCGACGGCUUGUGUAGACGGACCCUUCUCUCUUACUUCAUGACGCAAAGUAGUACCGACACCUGUUCUCGCGA